AUGUCUGCAUUUGCCAAUAAUCUGUCAACCAAUGACUCCAGCCCGUGGGAGGAAAAUCAUAAUUCUACGGACCCUGUAAACGCACCAGGAACUCUGAAUAUCUUCCUUUUUUGCCUGACAUGCCUCCUGACUCUUGCAGCCCUGGCGGGCAGCAUUUAUUCCCUAGUGUCCCUGCUGAAAAUGCACAACAGGACAGCCGUGUCCAUGCUCGUGGCUUCCUGGUCUGGAGACGACCUCCUGAGUGUCCUGUCGGUGACCAUCUUCAUGUUCUUGCAGUGGCCAAACGAGGAGGUCCCGGGCGACUUGCAGUCUCUGUGCACCACCUCCGCCUUCCUGUAUACGUGCCAGGGCCUCUCCAGCAACUUGAAGGCGACUCUGCUAGUCUCCUACAACUUUUACACCACGUACCGGGCGGCGGGGAGCCCGGCGGGCUGCAGGAGCUCGGCCCAGGUGCUCGGCGUGGCGCUGGCCGUGUGGGCCGCCAGCCUGGGGCUCGCCGCGCUCCCGCUGUGCGGCUGGGGCGCCUUCGUGCGCACGGCCUGGGGCUGCGGGGCCGACUGCGCCAGCUCCUACGUGCUGCUGCUCUUCGCCGUCUACGCGGCGGCCUUCGGGCUCCUCGCCGGCCUCGCGCUGCCGCUCACUCACCAGUUGCUGUGUUCCGAGGAGCCGCCCAGACGCCACGCCGACUACCAGCGGAUCUCCCGCAGGGCGUCCACGCCCGGGACGCCGGCGGCCGCGGGGAGCGCGCUGUGCCCGCUGGGGGCUCUCCCCGGCGCCGUGAGCGUGGCGCAGAGGCGCUUCUCCCUGAUCCUGGCGCUGACCAAAGUCCUCCUCUGGCUGCCCAUGAUGAUCCACAUGAUGGUCCAGCACGUGGUGGGGUUUCAGGUUCCCUUCGAGACCCUCAGUUUUCUACUAACCCUUCUGGCUGCUACCGUCACCCCCGUGUUCGUUCUGUCAAAACGCUGGACCCACCUGCCUUGUGGCUGCAUCAUCAACUGCAGACCGAAUGCAUAUGAAGGUGCUUCGGGUGAGAAGAGAGCAAAGAGAAGCUUUGAAUUCAAUCUGUCAUUCCAGCGAAGCUAUGGGAUUUAUAAGAUAGCACGUGAAGAUUACUAUGAGGAGGAUGGCAAUUUUAUAUCCUAUCACAACCUGAUGAACUAUGACUGUGAAACUACUUUGAAAGACUCUCCGAGAGACGCCCACAAUUUCUUCAGUGCCAUCACCGUGGAAAUCAGCACCACACCGUCUCCGGACAGCUCCACCCUGAGAGGCGUCAACAAGUGCACGAACACGGACCUUACUGAGGCGAAGCGUGAUUCCCACCAAGCCAGAGCUGAUGCCGACUAUGAAGAAACCGCCUUUCUGGAGGGACCGGAGAGAAGACUUUCUCACGAAGAGGGCCAGAAGCCAGACCUCUCGGACUGGGAGUGGUGUAGGAGUAAAUCAGAAAGGACUCCUCGUCAGCGUUCUGGCGGUGGCCUGGACAUCCCUUUGUGUGCCUUCCAGGGGACGGUGUCUCUCCAUGCUCCCACCGGGAAAACCCUGUCACUUUCGACCUAUGAAGUAAGCACAGAAGGGCAAAAAAUCACGCCAGCGUCUAAGAAAAUAGAAGUUUAUCGAUCCAAGAGUGUUGGCCACCAGCCCAACUCCGAGGACUCCCCCUCCACGUUUGCAGACACCAGCGUGAAAAUCCACUUGGAAGUUCUGGAAAUCUGUGAUAACGAAGAGGCCUUGGACACGGUGUCCAUCAUCAGCAACAUCAGCCAGUCGUCCACACAAGUCAGAUCCCCAUCCCUGCGCUACUCGCGCAAAGAGAACAGGUUCGUUUCGUGUGACUUGGGGGAAACAGCCUCUUACUCUCUCUUCUUACCCACCAGUAACCCUGAUGGUGACAUCAACAUCUCCAUCCCGGACACGGUGGAAGCACACAGGCAGAACAGUAAAAGGCAGCACCCGGAGCGGGCUGGCUACCAGGAGGAGAUCCAGCUGUUAAACAAAGCAUACAGGAAGAGGGAGGAGGAAAGCAAGGGUAAUUAG